AUGACUGAAUUAGGAAAUUAUCUGAUAGGUAUUUAUUAUAAAGUGAAUUAUCAUUCAAGGCAAAACUAUAGGAGAAGGUACAUUUGGAAAGGUGUGUCAUGCCAAACAUCAAGUGUUAGGUCAUGAUGUGGCUGUAAAGAUUUUAGAAAAGAAGAGAAUCAAUGAUGAAUUAGAUAUUGAAAGAGUAAAGAGAGAAAUUACUAUAUUACAAAUGUUGCAUCACCCAAAUGUGGUGUAACUCUAUGAGGUUACUUAUGUAAUUAUAAUUAGAUGAUUGAAACUGAUACACAUAUUUAUUUAUUUAUGGAAUAUGCAGACGGUGGAGAAUUAUUUGAUUAUAUCGAUUUAAAGAAGAGGUAUUCUUAUAAUAAUCUGAUUAGAAUCAAUGAGGUUGAAGCAUGUAAAUUCCUACAUGAAAUUAUAUCAGCAAUUUAAUAUAUUCAUUAAUUGAGAAUAGUACAUAGAGACUUGAAGCCAGAAAAUCUACUUUUAACUGCUCAAAAGAAUAUCCUGGUAGUUGAUUUUGGAUUAAGUAACACCUAUGAAGAUACUCUAAAGACAGCCUGUGGAAGUCCAUGUUAUGCUGCUCCUGAAAUGAUAUAAGGCAAACCUUAUUAUGGAUUAUAAACUGAUCUCUGGAGUUGUGGUGUUAUCCUAUAUGCCAUGUUAUGUGGGUAUCUCCCUUUUGAAGACAAUAAUACCUAAGUUCUUUAUAAGAAGAUUUUGACUGCUGAUUUCCAUAUACCUAGAUAUGUUUCAUUGGAUGGCAAAGAUCUUAUUAAAAAUAUACUUGCUGUUGAUCCUACUAAACGGUUUACUAUUGAAUAAAUCAAAUAGCAUAAGUGGUGGCAACUCUGGAAAUCAGAUGUAUCAAUUUUUAUUUAUAUAGAAUACAUAAAUGACACCUUUUAAAGCAUCUUUUAAUAAAAUUUCUUGUACACUCUUGCCUAAUAGUAUUUAUAAAUCAUGCGUUAAAAAAAAUAUUGAAAGAAAUAUUUCUGAAGAUGUGAAAACUUGUUGUGAUACUGCUCAACAAUCUAUAGAUAUUCAAUUUAUAGACAGAGAUGACUUUAUUAAUAAGUUGAACAUUAAAGACGAAAUCAAACAAAAUCCUCCACUUCAAGAUUAAACCGAAGAAGAUUUAAAUUAAAAAUUUGUUAAUGUUGAAGAUUAAUAUGAAUUUUAAUAAUCCAUGAGAUCAUUAACUAGAUAGAAAUCAAGUCAAUCAAUUUAGUCCAUAACCCAUCUUCACACAUAAAUUGAUUCUCCUAUUAAAAAAUCAAAUUUGCCUAUCACAACUAAACCCACUUUUAAAUAAUAAAAUUCUCAAAUUAAUAAGGUUAUUCCAAAAAAACCUGUUUUAGCUUAAUAGCAAUAAUAAUCAUUAUAGUAAAAAAAACCAGUCACCAAAACUGGACCCUCUAAAUCCUUACAUGAACCUCCAAAUUUUGAAAGUAAAAUAACUAAAUAACCAAACACACCAAGCACUAAAUAAUAAUAAAACAAUGCAUCUAAUUCAUAAAAUCCGUCUAAUAAUUUUUCAAUACUAAAUCAUCAAUUGAAAACUGAUAUCCCAAAAAAGAAUUCUAUACCACCAGUAAAAUUAACUGUCAUUUAAGAAUAAAUUAAGGAAAAUAAAGAAAAGUCUCAUUCUCUAAAAACUUAGCCUACUCAAACUAAAUAAUAAUAAAUUUAGCAACAAUCAUAAUAAUAAUAAUAAUAAUAAUAAUAAUAAUAAUAAUAAUAAUAAUAAUAAUAAUAAUAAUAAAUAAAAUAAUAAUUGAAUUUAAACAAACCUUAAAAUUUAUAUAAAACACCUAUCAAACAAAAUACUCCAUAAGUCAGUUAAACUAAAAGAUCACUUCAUUAAAAAUAAGCAGCAAGUCUACAAAUGGAAAGACAAUCUUUUCAUACUCAAUAAUCCGCAGUAGAAGAAAAUGUUACAUUUUAAUUUAAUGAUAAUCCAAAACCUUCUAUUGAAAAUACGAAGCUUAUGGUUGAAAAAUUCACUUCGAGACUCAAUAAUGUCACUAUUCCGUCUUCAUUAAAAUAACCUUAAAAAUAAGUAGUCUAAGAUGUUAAAGGAAUUGAAAAUUAUUAUGGUCCAUUUAAUCUUUCUUUCAUUACAACUAAGCAUCCUUAAUUAUUUUUGAAUGGAAUUAAAAAGUAUCUAGAGGAGAAAUAUUAAUUUAUAUAAAUACAAGUAAUAUUUUUCAAUUUUAAAUUAGAAUUACUAAAAUGGAUUCACAUUUAAUCUUAAUGAAUAAAAUGGUGAUUUAAAAUUAUAUAGAAUAGAAAAUUUAGAAAUAUAUUACUGUUAGAUUAAUUGUUUGAACUCUAAAAAUAUUGCUAAUUAUUCAGAAUUCAACACUAUUAUCUAUGAUCUACAAAAUAAUUUUAAAUUUUGA